AUGUUAUGCUCUUUUUUCGAAUAUGGUCCACUUAGAGCUCCUGAUGCACUGGCUCAGAAGUUAAGGUCUGGCCUGUCAUAUGCUUGGGGUAAUGGUAGAUUAUGGCUAGUUGGUCAUAGCAAUGCGUCUCGCCGAAGACAUUCGGAUGGGGCCACUUUAGGCACCUCGCGCGUUUCUGGUCUCGAAUUCCCUUUAUCAAAGCUCUGCUGA